AUGGCCACAAAUUCUUUCCACCACUUCAGUCAUGGUCAUCACGACCUCGUCCUAGCGGUAGACUACAAUUUCUAUGGUACCCGUAUGGUGACUGCGUCAUCCGACCACCGAUUGAAGGUCUGGGACAGGAAAGACGAGGGGUGGACAGUGACCGAUGUCUGGAAGGCUCACGACGCCGAGGUUACCGACGUCAAGUGGAAUGGCCCUUUUGUGGGCGAGAUUUUAGCGAGUAUCGGAGAAGAUGGUCUUAUACGAAUAUGGCAGGAGGAUGUGCUUGAAGCACCCAUGUCUGGCCGCCGCUUCAAACGUAUCUACCAACAGCCCUCGUCGACACGAGUGCCGUACAUGUCUCUGGACUUCAAGAAUAUCGGCACCGAAACAUACCUAGCUGUCAUUUCUCGUGAUGGACAACUAACGGUAUGCGAGCCGGUAGACCAUGACAACCUCUCUGAAUGGCAGAUUCUGUGGCAAGACCAUCUAUGCAAGACUCCGCAAAGGACUGAAGAGACAGGGUUUCGAUUGAGUUGGCAUCAUGAAAAGUUGCCCGCCUGGCCUGCUAUAAUGGCUGGACUUGAUCGCAAGAGUCUGUCAUUGGCAGUUUCGGUUAUGGACACCGUCAAGAUAUACCGCACUGACAAAGAUCGCAAGUUCUACACAGCAGCUGAGCUCAAAGGCUCAGAUUCUUUGAUACGAGAUAUCGCUUGGGCCAAUGGUUCUAUGCGCGGCUUUGACGUGAUCGCGACUGCCAGCAAGGACGGAUAUGUUCGUGUAUAUGAACUACACACUCCAGGUUCUUCCGAAACCUCAGCAACGAAAUCGAAAAACUCCGCAGAGCAACCACCAGGCCUCAAAUCACCGACAUACAACAAACCAAAUCAAUCUGGAAUUGGCGCUGGACUUGCUGGUGGACCACGCAGUGGCAGGAACGAGGAACAAGAUCGCCCAGGUAGAGUAAACCAGGAAGCAAAGCUGGUGGCUGAGCUCUCUGCGCACAGUGGUGCAGCCUGGCGGGUCAGCUUCUCGCAGAUGGGUAAGCACAAUAAAGUCCAAGCUAUUAGACGCGCAAAAAGAUAUAAGCUAAUGGCAACAGGCGAUCUACUAGUGUCCACAGGAGAUGAUGGUCUUGUUCAAGUCUGGAAGAAAGCCAACAACGACAAAUGGAUGCAGUACGCUGAAGUCGAUGCAAUCGGGAGCAAUUGA